CAGUUUCACAUAAAUCUAAAUUCUGGUUCCUAAGAAUUGGGCAGGUCCGAUCCACAUAGAGCAAUUUUGUGACAUUAAAAAUGGCAAAUAGGUUGUUACCCUCAUCCUUUGUUGUGUCAUCCAAAGAACUGGUCAAAAACCUCCAAUUAAAAGCUGCUGUAAUUAGAAGCAAUCAAGUGUUCUUCUCAUCAAAUAUUGCUCAAGGUGAUGGAGGAAUUAUUAAUGAAGCAGUAGAGACGGUGGCGGAGAAUGUUGAGUCGGUUAGUGAGACGGUGGAAACGAAGAAGACGGCAGAGGAAGUGGUAGAGACAACCACCGCCGAAGCUGACACCAACGUUUUGAACACUUGUGAGUAUAGAAGUGCUCAAGAUUUGCAUGGCCAGCUUGGAGAUGGUUGUGACCACAACAUUGGGUUAUAGUAUUAUUUAGUAUUUAAUUACAUUCCUUUUUUGUCUUGCUUUUUUUUUUUUCCCUCGUCUUUUACUUUAAAUCCAAUACUUUUGUUUUUUUUUUUCUUUCCCUUUUCUAAUACUUCGGUUUCAGUCCAAUACUUAUAAAUCAAUCCUUUCUGCAUGAGGAAUGUUACGAAGAAUGUUAGGGCCAGUAAUUUUUGUGAUUUGUAGCUAUCAAAUAGCCAUCAAUAAUAGUUUUAAUGGUGUGAGAUUGAUGUGAGAUUUCAUCUAAUGGUUCAUUUUUCUUUGCUGGUUAUAUGCUGGACAGAAUUUAACAAAGUUGUUGGCCUCUUAGGCUUUUCUCAUAUAUAAUUCUGCGUUUGGGUUGGUUAUAAUUCUGCGUUUGCAUAUAUAAUUCUUGUUUAUUUAGCGACACUUUAAAUAAAGACAACACUUUUAUAAAUAUCAAAAUUUAAUUUUACAAUCCAUUGUUCAAAAGUCAAAAUAGAAUAUAUUCACAUAAAGACAAUUAUAAAAUCUUUAUUGUAGUAUCUAUUUAUAUGAAAUGUGUUAUACCAUUUAUAUCUUUAAUGUCUUGAACAUUGUUGCGACCAAGAGUUCAGGUGAAAUAUGCAAGAACAUGUAUAAUGCUAGGUUCCUCUUGAUAUAAAUAUUAUAUUAAAUGUUUCCAUGUUAUUUUGAUGCUUUUUGGAUUUUCUAGAUUCAGCCUGGGAGAUGGAAGGAGAGAUUCAAAAUUAGUUAAGUUGGUUAUCAAGAUUUCUGUUCUUUAGGCUUGUGUUAGGAGAACAGAGGAUAUAUAAAUAGCACUCAUAUCAGUAACUUGCAUCAGUUGCAUGCAUGCAAUCAUAAUACACAGUCACUUUCUUUCAAUUAUGUUGUUCUCUCAACC